GAUCAUAUGUUAAUUCAGUAUUCACAAUGAAAUCGUUUCUUCAAUGGCUUCCGGUUUUCUUUGUCCUUUCGAAAACACUGAAAGUACAGUUACCAGAAUGGCCUACUACAUACAAGGCGUGUGUUUACGUGCAGAACGAUCAUGAAUACAUCCCCACGGGAUGGUAUGUCAACGGACUAACACGUAAGAUGCGACUUGAUAGCUACAGUACGUCGGAGGACAACCCCAGUAACCACACCCACGAAGAGGAUGGAUUUGACUACGCAUGCUCACACCUUGGGAGACCUUUAUACACCUAUUUAUAUCACUAUGACAACGGGAAAGAAUAUGAUAUAUUCCCUGCCCCGAAGAAACCGUAUCACCAAUGUACGACUUAUAACAUUUCGACGCAAUAUCCCCAAAGUCCACUGCUGUCCGGCCUAGAACUCAUCGAACAAAGGACGGACAACUUCACCACGUACAACCACUGGAGGGCCGAGUACUUCCUUUUCACCAAUGACUACUUCUUCCAUGUCGCCAAUGGGUUACCAUACAAGGUUUACGUUGACGGCGUGGAGAAAACAUUCAUUUACAUUGAAAAUGUCAUAUUAGACGAGACCGUUUUCCUGGUUCCCGAUGAUGUCGUCUGCAAAUCGGGAUAACAAGCUGCAAAGGUGUUGCGUAUUGUUUCAACUCAAAAUACAAUGAAAACAAAUAGGACCUCGUCGUUUUAAAAGCCACAAGUCAUAACUCAAUAGAGAGAGACUAUAAAAAUCUGCAGAGAAAGAAAGUGAGCGUAACCGCUGGAAAUUGCUUGAGAAAAUGCUUUUCUCUGCCAAACCCAACCCCGGGUGGCAUAACCAAACACAAAGAUUGUCCACAACGCACAAACGUUGCCAUUUAAUCACAAUUCACCAUCAUGCUUACAAAACAAUCUACUGUAUAAACCAUCUGUAUUGACAAUCCUAUCUCAAAUCAUAAAUCAGAUCCUUCAUUUCCAUUAAAUACAGUUGCUUGAAGUAACCCGGCACUGCACUAGUCUCGUUCAACCAGACGCUUGAUCUCUGCUCGGCGUAGCUUCCGCAGACAGCAAUACAAUAAUAAUCCGGAAGUUUAUUUUUUAUAUCAAAAAUUUGAAUUUAUACUUAUUUGAAAAUAUAUAUGUAUGACAAAUACUGA